GUGGGACUCGCCGUGACAACUUUCGCUUCCUGUCUGCGCUGGGGGGACUCGGGAGCUCGGCGGCCCCCGGAGUGCAGAGCUGUUGGAGAGAGCGCGCAAAGGUAGAGGGUGAUGUAAUGCCCUGGCUGCCCCAAAGCGCCCUUUGUUGUGGCAUGGUUUCCCAGUCAUCUCUAUGAAUCAGAUGUGAGGAGCUGCUUUGUGGAAGGAGUCCUUUGCAAGAGCACGUCAGCGGCAAAGAGAAAAAGACAUUCAGUCAGAGGGCUCUCGCUGAAAAUGGGUUUAACUCUGCUUUUGCCAGUCACCACCAGCCUGACCUCAUACAUCUUUAGCACAAUGGAGUGGCCCAGCCUUUGAGCACACCACCAUUACAUCAUCGUGGUGAAUUAAAGAGGGAGGUGGAAAAAGAGGACUGGCUGUUGUCAUGGCCCAUGAGAUGACUGGAACUCAAAUUGUUCCUGAGAGGUUGGUGGCCCUGCUGGAAAGUGGCACGGAAAAAGUCCUACUGAUUGACAGCCGGCCGUUUGUGGACUACAAUACAUCCCACAUCCUGGAAGCGAUUAAUAUCAACUGCUCCAAGCUGAUGAAGCGAAGGUUGCAACAGGACAAAGUGCUAAUCACAGAGCUCAUCCAGCACUCAGCGAAACACAAGGUUGAUCUUGAUUGCAAUCAGAAGGUGGUAGUUUAUGACCAAAGCUCCCAAGACGUUGCCUCUUUGUCGUCAGACUGCUUUCUCACUGUACUUCUGGGUAAACUGGAGAAGAGCUUCAACUCCGUUCAUCUGCUUGCAGGUGGUUUCGCUGAGUUCUCCCGUUGUUUCCCUGGCCUCUGUGAAGGAAAGUCCACUCUAGUCCCUACCUGCAUUUCUCAGCCUUGCUUACCUGUUGCCAACAUUGGGCCAACUCGAAUUCUUCCCAAUCUUUAUCUCGGCUGCCAGCGAGAUGUCCUCAACAAGGAGCUCAUGCAGCAGAACGGGAUCGGCUACGUGCUGAACGCCAGCAGCACCUGUCCAAAGCCCGACUUCAUCCCCGAGGCCCACUUCCUGCGCGUGCCUGUCAACGACAGCUUCUGCGAGAAGAUUCUGCCAUGGUUGGACAAGUCCGUGGACUUCAUUGAGAAAGCCAAAGCCUCCAACGGCUGUGUGCUGGUGCACUGCCUGGCGGGCAUCUCUCGCUCCGCCACCAUCGCCAUCGCCUACAUCAUGAAGAGGAUGGACAUGUCUCUAGACGAGGCUUACAGAUUCGUGAAAGAAAAAAGACCAACCAUAUCUCCAAACUUCAAUUUUCUGGGCCAACUCCUGGACUACGAGAAGAGGAUUAAGCAGCAGGCGGGCACGCCGGGGCCGAAGAGCAGACUCAAGCUGCUGCAUCUGGACAAGGCCGCCGAGCCCGCGCCGGCAGCCCCCGAGGGUGGGCAGAAGAGCGCGCUGCCCCUCUGCCCACCCCGUGCCAACUCUGCGCCCUUGGAGGCCGUGGGGCAAAGGCCUGGGCACCCUGUUGGUGUGCCCAGCCUGCAGCCGUCACUGCUAGAGGACAGCCCCCUGGUCCAGGCACUCAAUGGGCUCCACGUGUCCCCGGACAAGCUGGAAGACAGCAGCAAGCUGAAGCGCUCCUUCUCCCUGGAUAUCAAGUCCGUUUCAUAUUGUGCCGGCACGACCGCCCCCUUGCCCGGCUUCUCGUCCGAAGAUGCCCUGGAGUACUACAAACCUUCUGCCACUCUGGACGGGCCCAACAAGCUAUGCCAGUUUUCCCCCGUUCAGGAAGUGUCAGAGCAGACUCCAGAAACCAGCCCGGACAAAGAGGAGGCCCACCUCCCCAAGCAGCCCCAGCCCGCCCGGCCUCCCGACAGCCAGAGCAAGCGGCUGCACCCCGGGAGAGCCAGCGGCAUCGGCGCCGCCGCGAAGCCCCCCUCGGCCCCGCUGCAUCGGAGUGGGAGCAUGGAGGACAAUUACCACACCAGUUUCCUCUUCGGCCUCUCCACCAGCCAGCAGCACCUCGCCAAGUCGGCUGCAGGGCUGGGCCUCAAAGGCUGGCACUCAGAUAUCUUGGCCCCCCAGACCUCUGCCCACUCUUUGACCAACAGUUGGUAUUUUGCCACGGAGCCCGCACACUUCUACUCCGCCUCAGCCAUCUACGGAGGCCACGCCACUUACUCUGCCUACAGCUGCAGCCAGCUGCCCACUUGCAGUGACCAAGUGUAUUCCGUGCGCAGGCGGCAGAAGCCCAGCGACAGGGCUGACUCUCGGCGGAGCUGGCACGAGGAGAGCCCCUUUGAAAAGCAGUUCAAGCGCAGAAGUUGCCAAAUGGAGUUUGGCGAGAGCAUCAUGUCUGAGAACAGGUCUCGGGAAGAGCUGGGCAAGGUGGGGAGUCAGUCCAGCUUUUCCGGCAGCAUGGAGAUCAUUGAGGUCUCCUGAGAAGACAGCCCCUGGUGACUUUGAGUGACAGUUGCUUCUUGUUCACAAAAUUCCCUGUAAAUCUGAAAUAUGUGUAUGUACAUACAUAUCUAUUUUGGAAUAUAGAGCUGUGGUGUAAAAGCAAAAGAUGGGUCAGCAGUUGACCUUGUCUCCCAACAGAAGGAAGGGCCAAUGCUAGACUUCCCCCGUCAAAGAGUCUCAGUGACUUCCAUGUCUUGUCCUACAAAAGCGAUUUUAUUUGAUGUUAGAGGACAACCCCUUCUGUUUUCAUUCUCUGUCCAGGCCUUCCCUAGCGCACCUUAGUGCUGACACUGAGCCAGCCCUGGGUCAGGUGAGGAGACUGUCUUAGGGACAGACCCCAAGGGUCAGUCCAAGAGAACGAUGCUGUCUAAGCUGAGUCACAAAUCCAAGCUUACUUGGCAGCCAAGGAUGCGAUCCUGCUACUGGAUGGACCCUUAGGGCCUUGCCCAGAUCCACUUUAGAACCAACCCAGUACCUCAGACAGGACAGUCGGGGUUUCUACCACUAACGUGUCUGCUGGCCCAUCUUCUAGGCCUUGUGAAUAAGCAGGUAGCUUGUCACUUUCCAGACCAAUUCAAAGUGUCCAGCACAAAACCCCAGUGGGCCUGGACGAGCAGUUGGCGUGUAUUCCCUCCUCAGCUUUACUGAGAGGAGACGACCAUCUAGAAUCCGGCCUCGCCAGCCUUCUAGUUAGAGCAGCCAAGGAUGUGAGGCCAGCCACGCCCGCCUCCCUCUGUAAAUCAAAGGAUUGCUUAAGAUGGGGUCAGGUGGCCUUUAUUCCAUGGUGAACUUGGUCUCAAGGCAAAUGUGGCUCAUGUGAGUUGGUAGCAACUUGGCGGCACCUUCAAGUUCAAGGCCAAAGCAGAUGCCUCCAUGUGUUUCAGUGCGUUGAUUCAGGAAGGUAAAAAUUGCUGAGGAAAAGCAGGAAACAGAUUUCCUCAUUGGCUUUUUUUCUCUUGGCAUGCACAAGGGCAGUACUUUGGUUUACUAAGGACUUUGGUGAGUGAGGAACAUUCAAAAUAAACGAGCCUAGGAGGGAAAGAAGUCUUAACUUUGUUUAGUUUUGAAUACAGAGGACUGCCACAGCCAAGCUUUCUAUAAAAACAAACAAUCCCAGCACAUUUUCAGAUGAAGGGACCUAUCAAAAUGGAGGAAGACUACGGUGGCUUCUUAGACCUUGACCUACAAUCACUGUGUGGCCCGAUCCUGGCAGCUGAGCUUAGGAGGUGACUAGAACGGGUCACGUGUGACCGUCCAUGUCUGCUUUGAAACUUCCUAGCUCGAGUUGUACUCAGUACAGCCCCGUCCUCAGCUAAGGCCUUAACUCACGUCAGCAGGUGGGAGGCACGGGCGCCGUGCGGGCCCUACUCCAAGCGUAUUCAGUUGCUGACUCGUAUCUCAGGUUUUUCUAUGUUUGCGAAAUGGACAGUCCUUCGACUAGGAUGUGACUUUCUGUUUCCUACAGUGACUGCAAGAGCAGCACAGAGUGACAGGACUUGGUCGCGGACACACCGCAGAGGUUGUGCGCGCGUGUGACGCGGACACCCCGGGAAGUCGUGUUCCGUGACCCGAGUCCCUUUUCAUAGAGACGUUGAAAUCUUUCAUGUAAUCUAAAAUUCUUAAGGUUUCACAGGAAUUUUUAAGGUGUUAUGUGUACAUACGUGGAGUGUCUGAUAGUUCACCACUUCCAGAGUCUGGUUAUGUCUGCAAACCUUUUUAGGAAAUGAAGGCAGUAGCUCCGCUGCUAAGUGUUUCAGGAGGGCCAGGGAAGUGGCCUGAGCAGCUCCGGUCAAACCCUGGCCUUGUCCUCGCUGCACGUCGCCCCCCUGUCCCCGGUCACUACCGUCACAUUCUCAGUUCUCGGGAGCCACGCUGCCCUGCUCCGGGGACGGCCUCCGAGGCACACUGUGGCAUGCACGGGGUGGGUGGCGCCCUGGUGGGUGAGCGAGCACGGGACGCCUGGACUCUACUGGGGCAAAAGGAGCCUUCUCUGUGAGCAGUGCUGGAGGUGGAUUAGAACACGCAUCACGUCAGGUGGGAGGAUGUAUAAAUGUUCAGUAUGAAUAUAAUGUUCUUUUGGAGCCAGGUAAGCUAUUGAAUGGUUAAGUUUGUGCAUUUCUCAUUUUGAUGUGUCAUGUAUGUUAAUAUGAUUAAAUAAAAUCAAAACUGGUACCUGUUUUACAGAAA